UCAUACAUUUUUAAUUGUUCAAAAUGCGAAAAGUCUUUGCUGUUUUUCUCUUUAUCAGUGUGUUACAUUUAUCAAUUUGUGAUCUGUGUAAAAUAUGCGAGUGUUCAACAUCAGAUAAUUUAAUUGAGUACAAUUGUGAUGGAAAACUCGAUCAAAAUAGUGAUGAUUUGGAAUUCUUGUCAUUCAUCUAUGAAGACCCACCGAACAAAUUAAUUUUAUCGAAUAAUUUUGUUAAUGAAACAUCACUCGAGAGAAUUAAAUACCUGACCAGUCUACAAUUCCUCGUUCUGUCGCAUAAUAAUAUUACAAAAAUGGAUUCUGAGAUUUUAGAAUCAUUUACUAAGCUGAGGGAGUUGGAUUUGUCAUGGAAUAAUAUAGAAAAUAUCGAUAUUGGGGCAUUAGCGAAAGUAAGAUCCCUAGAAUAUCUUGAUUUGAGUCAUAAUAAAAUUGGAAGCAUCAACGGCUCACUGACGAAUCCUUCACAAGUUCUAAGCGGCCUCUCUUUAUCGAAUAACAUCAUAACAGAAUUACCAAAAAAUUUCACCAAUAAUUUUCCAAAAUUGUCGACUCUGGAUUUGUCGAAUAAUUCUCUCACUUCAUUCGAACAUUAUCUCUCCAAUAUUGAAGGUCUAGAGUUAUUAAAUUUGGAACACAAUUCUCUCAACUCAACGAUUAUUGAAGCUAGUAUUCGACAAUUACGUGUCGGAUAUAACGAAUUGACAUCUCUGCCAAGAAAUUUAUCUGUCGAAUCCUUGAGUAUCGAAAAUAAUAAAAUUAAAGAAAUUCAGUCGGAUGAGGUAUUGUUCAGUGGUUUGAAAUAUUUAAACCUCAGUGGAAACUAUCUAUCGAUGAUAUCAAAUUUUACGCUUCCAAUAUUGAAGGGUUUGGACAUUUCUAAUAAUUUGUUUGCGUCAAUACCUGAGAAUUUUAUGAGUCACAAUUUACCGAGUCUUGAGACACUCAUCAUGAAUGGAAAUCCAAUCAAGGAGUUGAAGUUUUUCAAUGAAUUGAAGCUCCGAAACUUUGUUAUGAAGAAUACAACUUUGCUCAAUGCAAUCUACGAUGAUGCGCUCGAGAAAUUGAAAGGACAGGAUGGGGAUUGUAUUAAUAUUACUAUUUCUUCGAACAAAAAUUUGAAGGCCUUCGAUGAAGAGUCCAUUCGUGGUAUGGAUAUUUGUUACUUAGACCUCAGCGAGAACGGCCUCACCAGAAUUUCCCAAAAAUUGGAGAAGGUCUUGAACGAAACGUUGCCAGAGUAUGGAGUGAAUUUGCAAGGAAAUCCAUUCAUCUGUGACUGUAAAUCCGAGUGGAUGCUGGAAAGAUUAGUGCCCAACCUUUACGCUCUCAAUCCUGAACUUCUAAUUGAUCUAAAAUGCGCAAGCCCAUUGAAAUUAUUCGACAAGAGAAUGGUCCAUUGGAUGAAAUGGAAAGGCCAAGUCUUUUGCGACGAUAAUUUAACCGGAAAUGACUUUAGCCGACUCGAAGUAUUUGAAGGAAGUGACCAGUUUCUCCAUAGAAGAAAAGAAAUCGCCCUCAAAUCUGGAAGUGGGAUGGUGAUAAUUGUCAUCAGUGCAGUUGUUAGUCUCUUAUUACUAGUGGUCACUGGCAUGAUAAUUUCUUAUAAACUUGCGUUGAGAAAAAGACGUUCGAACCGACGAUUUUAAAUAGUGGACUUUUUGUAAAUAAAUCAGGUGAUAAGAUCAUAGAAAGAACUAAAAUAUGGGUAAAGACGGUAGGAAAAGCUCUCCUUCAAGAAUCAUUUUUUUUAUUUAGCUUUCAUGAAAAGUUUCUCACCCAUUAUUCUAUGACACCCUAGAAGAUGAUUCUUUCGUGCCUUUGCACAUAUUCUCAGUAGAUUUUUGAGUAAUUGAUUGAACGAUGUUGUUGAACUCAGGUGACCACAGGGCCGUGCACUAGCCACAGAAUCGUUGCUUCCAUUUCAAACAAGUGGGAAAUUCCUCUUGUAUAUAGUAUAGUUAUUUUUACUAAUAAAUUAGCAAUAUGCUUCCGAA